AUGUCCGAAGACGCGUCAAAAGAGGCGUUGCCUACGUUCUCAAAGCCUGGAUCAGAGGAAUCUCCAACGAGAGACCUUGAGACCAAAAAUCCACAAGACCAAGAGGAAGAACAUGUCUACAUCGCCGAAGCCCUCUCCACUCCGCGCCAGAUCCUCUUUAUUGCGACGUUGUGCAGUUCCAUGUUUACCAACCAACUUGGUCUAGGGAAUACUACAGGAAUUGUAGGUGUAAUUGGCGAGUCAUUCGGUCUCGAAACGGCCGGGCAACAGGCCUGGCUGCUUGCUGGCUACAGUCUGUCCAUCGGUACCUUCAUCCUCAUCGGUGGACGAUUGGGUGAUGAGUACGGUCAUAAGCGAAUGUUUGUGUUCGGUAUGGCUUGGCUCUCGCUUUGGUCUCUUGUCGGUGGUCUCGCGGUCUACUCUUCCUACGUCCUCUUUAUCUUUGCAAGGGUCUUUCAGGGAAUGGGUCCGGCAAUGACGCUACCAAACAGUCUGGCUAUCCUGGGUAAUUCGUAUUCACCUGGACCGAGAAAAAACAUGGCCUUCGCUUGGUUUGGCGGAACAGCUCCAUUUGGCGCCAUCAGUGGUUUUGCUUUUGGUGGUCUCUUUUCUCUCGCUUGGUGGCCUUGGACCUUCUGGAGUGAAGCGAUUGCCGUGGCCGGUGUCGCUGCGUUCGGCGCCUGGGUCAUUCCCAAUCAACCCUUGAGCGGAGCCGUACAGCAUCAGUCGCAGCGAGAGAAACUCCAGCGCUUGGAUAUACCCGGGUGUGUAACCGGUGUUGCCUCCCUCGUGCUUAUCAACUUCGCUUGGAAUCAAGCAUCAGGCAUCGGCUGGGAGGAACCCUACGUCUAUGUUUGCCUGAUCAUUGGUGUGAUAUUCGGCGUUGUCUUCUUUGCGAUCGAAGCCUUCAGGGCCACAAAUCCUCUCAUUCCUUUUGCUGCAUUCAAUGUGGAUAUCGCCUUCAUAUUCGGAUGCACGGCUGCUGGAUGGGCGACCUUCGGCAUUUGGGUUUUCUACUUCGCUCAGCUUGUUCUUAAUAUUCGCGGCAUCUCGCCCCUUCUAUUAGCAGCUUGGUAUAGCCCUGUUAUCCCAUCCGGUCUUCUCUCUGCGCUCGCGGUCGGAAAGACGUUAGGGAAGAUACCCGCUUCUUGGAUCAUGGUCAUCGGCCAAUUGGCUUAUGUGGUCGGAUCCAUUCUCGCCGCCACUAUGCCAAUCGAUUCGAAUUACUGGACCUACUUCUUCUUCAGCGUCCUUAUCAUUUGCGUCGGCAUGGACUCUUCGUUUCCAGCUGCGACUGUCCUUUUCUCGGACGCUGUGCCCAUAAAGUACCAGGGCAUCGGUGCCAGUGUCGUCAUGACCAUUGUGAACUACAGCAUAUCCCUCGGUCUCGGUUUUGCGGGUACAGCAGAGAAGUAUACUAACAACGGAGCCCACACAAAGGCAGAUAAUCUACUAGGGUAUCGAAGUGCUUUGUGGGUGUCAGUCGGCGUCGCAGGAAUCGGACUAGUGUUGAGUCUAAUGUUUGUGGCAAAGGAGCACUUCGUUGGUAGGUCAUCAGUUACCAAAGCGUAA